AUGGGCUGUGUACGACUGAUGGAUUACACGGCCCACGAACCAAGCAGACAAAGCCCGGCCAAACUGCCGCCGUCAGCCCCGUCUUCCCGCCAUGGCCAUUACCGCCGGUCGCUGCCGGUCCGAAGUGCCUGCGUUCGUACGAUUGCCUGUGAAUGGGUAAUCCUCUCCGUAUCCCGCACCUGGGAAGUCCAAACCCCGGGCAACCGAGACUCUGGAACCCCGCCCAACACUGGCUUGACGGGAACGAGAAGCAAGGGGCUGACCUGCCCGAGAUGUUCCGCAACCUGGCUGGGAGUAACCUUGCUGGGAACAGUCGCAACUUUGGGCAACAUGAGGCGAAAGCAAGGAGAUUCCGGGCGAACAGCCACUCAUCUCGCCCCGUGUAGUAUGUCGCGGACGUCCGAAGGCCACAGAGUUAAAGGAGCACAGGGCAACGAAAUGAUCUCCGUCCAUCCCCAGAGAAGAUCAGAUACCAUGAAUUCCAAAAGGGAAAUCACGUUGGAUAAGACGCUCGUUCUGAUUGGAUGGAUGUUCGAGAAUGGCGAUGGCCUAUCGGUCACCAGCCCCCUCGGUAAGAGAGGGGAACAUAGUCUCAGUUUAGAAAGUCACAAGGCCUAG